AUGGCAGAAGGAGUUCUCUUCAACGUAGCUGAAGGAAUCAUUGGCCAACUGGGCAAACUAGCUCUCAAAGAGAUUGGACUGCUCUGGGGUGUCAAAGAUGAGCUUGAAAAGCUCGAAAACACGGUUUCAACAAUCAAAGCUGUGCUUCAGGAUGCAGAGGAGCAGCAGGCGCAGAGCCAUGCCAUCAAGGAUUGGGUGGCAAAGCUGAAAGAUGUACUUUUUGAAGCAGACGACUUGCUGGAUGACUUUUCCACUGAAGUUUUACGACGGGAAGUGAUGACUAGGAAUAAGAAGGCGAAAGAGGUACGCAUCUUCUUUUCCAAAUCAAACCAACUUGCAUAUGGUCUUAAAAUGGGUCAUAAGAUUAAGGCUAUUAGGGAGAGACUAGAUGCUAUUGCAGCGGAUAGGAAGAAGUUCCACUUAGAGGCACGUCCUAGGGAGACACAAGGCAGUAAUAGGGGGAGAGAGAGUCAUCAUUUUGUACGUGCUGAAGAUGUUAUUGGAAGAGAGGUUGAUAAGAAAGUCAUCAUAGAACGUUUAUUAUAUUCCAAUAUUGAACAGAAUGUUACAGUUCAUUCAAUAGUUGGACUCGGUGGACUAGGUAAGACCACGUUAGCUCAACUAGUCUUCAAUGAUGAAGAAAUUAAAAGUCAUUUUGAGAAGAAAUUGUGGGUGUGCAUCUCUGAUGAUUUUGAUGUAGAAAUAAUUGUUAAGAAAAUCCUAGAAUUUGCAGAAGGUAAGAAACUAGAGAACUUGGAAAAGAACAAAUUGAUAAAUGAUCUUCAAAAAGAAAUUAAUGGAUAUAGAUACUUACUUGUAUUAGAUGAUGUGUGGAAUGAUGAUUCAGAAAAAUGGGAUAAGUUAAAAGGACUUCUACUAGGUGGUGCAAGAGGCAGUAGAAUAUUGUUGACUACACGUGAGGAGAAGGUUGCAAAGAUUUCAAAAGCUAUUGAUCUAUGGUUUUUAAGGGAUUUAAAUGAAGAGGAGUCUUGGUCUUUAUUUAAGCAAACGGCAUUUGAAAAUGGACAAGAACCAAAAAAUUUAAGAAUUAAGGAAAUUGGAAUGGAAAUCGUUAGAAAGUGUAGAGGAAUUCCACUUGCCAUAAAGACUAUAGGAAGCAUAUUGUACUUUAAAAACUCAGAAGAAGAAUGGUUGUCCUUCAAAAAUAAUGAAUUUUCAAAAAUAGAUCAAAAAGAAACUGACAUCAUACCUACGCUUAAGUUGAGUUAUGAUCAUCUCCCAUCAAAUUUGAAACAAUGCUUUGCUUAUUGUAGUUUAUUUCCAAAGGAUUACCAUAUUGAAAGAAAUAAAUUGAUCAAGCUAUGGAUGGCACAAGGAUUCAUUAAGUUGUCAAGUCAAAACCAAUGCCUAGAAGAUGUAGGUCAUGAGUAUUUUAUGGAAUUACUUUGGAGAUCAUUCUUUCAAGAACCUAUAGAAGAUAUGUAUGGCAAUAUACGUGUAUUCAAAAUACACGAUUUGAUGCAUGAUUUGGCGAUAUUAGUUGCGGGACAAGAGAGCACCACUUUAGGAAUAAACAAGGAAAACAUUGUUGAAAAAACUCAUCAUGUCUCCGUUGGUUUUGAUUUAGGCUUAUCAUCACAAAUUCCAACCUUGUUGUUUAAAGCAAAAAGGAUAAGAACAUAUAUUUUGCCAACUCCAGGAAAAAUGGUGUGGAACCAGGAAACGUGUGAUGCAUUUUUAUCAAGUCUUACAUUCUUGCGCAUGUUAGAUUUGAGCCGGACUGGCUUUAGGAGUUUGCCACAAUCUAUUGGAAAGUUGAAGCAUUUAAGGUAUCUUGAUCUUUCACAUAACUAUGCCAUCCAGAUGCUUCCUAAUUCCAUUACAAGUUUGCAAAAUUUGGAGACACUAGAUCUCUAUGCUUGUUUUGGACUUACAGAAUUGCCAAGAAAUAUUACCAAAUUAGUCAACCUUAGGCAUCUUGACAUCUCUCAUUGUAGCAAAUUGACUCAUAUGCCAUGUGGAUUGGGUCAAUUGACUAAUCUUCAAUCACUAUCUCAGUAUGUGUUGAGUACGGACUCUAGGCAUGGUGAAUUGAUGGAACUUCAAGGACUAAAUGGUUUGAGAGAAAAUCUAAGUAUUAAAAAUCUGAGACAUGAGAAAGAUACCGCAUUAGAAUGUGACGCUGCAAAUUUGAAAGGGAAACAAAACCUCCAUGGCUUGGAGUUGGAGUGGAUAGAAGGAGGCGUAGAUGACGUGGAUGUUGAGUACGAUGAGAUGUCACUCAAACAUUUGCAACCACACACAAGUCUUAAAAAAUUGAAGCUAUAUCGGUACAGAGGAAGGGUAUAUCCAAGUUGGCUCUUGUCACUCACAAAUCUUGUAGAACUUUGGUUAAGUGCAUUGAAGAAUUGGCAACACAUGCCACCAUUGCAUCAAUUUCCUUCUCUUAAAAGACUCAUCCUAAGCAACCUUCCUUCUCUUGAAUACAUAUCAAACAGUGUUAACCUUCCAUCCCUAGAGUUGCUCAAUCUUUUGUUUUGCCCUAAUCUAAAGGGAUGGAAAAUGGACUCCAUUGAGGAGGAUAAUGAUGAUGACAACAAUCACUCUCUGCCUUCAUUCUCUCGUCUUUCCAUUUUAAAUAUUAGGGAGUGCCCUAAACUCUCUUCCAUGCCUGUAUUUCCGUGCCUUGAACGGCUGGGGCUGGUGAACUCUAAUUUGAGCCCAUUAGAGCAGACAAUAUCGAAAGGAAUGAUACAUAUGGAAUCUCAAGAGAACCCAACAAUAACAGUAGCAGACUCAACCUCUUCUACUUCUUCAACAACCUCCUCAUUCGUCCCUCUCUCCAAAUUAAAAUUUUUGACUAUUGGGCUAAAAAAAGGAGAUCGUGAUCGUGAUCGUUUCCUUCGAAGUAUAGCACAUCUCACUGCAAUUGAGGACCUAGGAUUUCAAUAUUCUGAUGAGAUUGAUUUAUUUAAUAAUGGGAAUGGGAUGGAAUGGCAAGGGCUGAAGAGGCUUAGGAUUACCAGUUGUCCGAAUCUGACUACCAUACCGGAAUGGAUAUGUAACUUCACAUCUCUUCAAUCACUUUACAUUCAGCAUUGCCCCAAUUUGACGUCAUUGCCUGAAGGAAUGCCUAAAUCUUUAAGUACACUAUACAUUGCGUAUUGUCCCAAAUUAUUGGAAAGAUGCAAGAGGGAAAAGGGUGAAGAUUGGCAUAAGAUUGCCCACAUCCCAAACUUUCAGUAUGAAGAUGAUUCAGAACAAACUGAUAAGAAGAAGGAACCUGAGCUUAAGACUCGGCGCUUAACUAAAAUUUUGGGGAGUUGCAGUUGUUCAACAAGUCAAUAACUCAGUGAGUGAAAAUCAGCACUUGGCAAUAUUGGGAUAAUAUUUUUGUGGAGAAAAUCAGCCCUUGGCAAUAUUGGGAUGAUAUUUUUGUGGAGAAUUAUAAGUGGCAAUCACAUUGCAAGAUUAACUUGUGCAGAUUGAGUUGGACUUAGACCAUAAGUUGAUGUUCCUGGUAGCAAUACCUGACAAAGGAACCUGCCAUUUCCCAAGUGGUUGCUUAUUCACCUUCUUGAAUUCACAUGUUAUACAGACACAAGAAAAUUACAUUCUCAUUUGAAGAGAGGAGCUUAGAGUAUGUAAUCCAAAAUGGUACUUAUUGAAUGAUGCUCGGUGAAAAUGGUCCACAUUGAGCUGAUACAGCUUAUAUCCCUGUUGCUGAAAUCGAAUUCAAAAGGAUUUAUCAGUACUCCAUAUAAGGAUGAGGGCUGCAUUUCAGUUUGUGACAAGAGCAACCAAUAUCAUCCCUUAGAUCUGUGAGCUUGCCACCCCAACAGUUUUGGAAGGGCCAUUUAGCAAACAUUUUGGUCACCUAAAUGUAGAGAUAAGCACCAAUUCAUGAGAGGGUUGCGGAAAUCAUGGAGGGAUCCUGCAUCAUCCUUGGAUAUAACAGCCAGGCUGUAAUUGGAAAGGUUCAUACAUCCAAGAAUGAAUCCAAGUGACUGCUCAGACCCUAGAGAGAAAUUAAGACCUUAAGGAUCUUACAGUCCAAAUGCUUCUAUAGGUUCAUUCAUAUCAUUUUAAACUCAAUCCUCUAUAAAUUUAUCAAUUAUAAUUGACCAACUUCAUUGUUGCGUUUUGUUUCAAGUAUUGUUGAUUUUACUUAUGCAUGUGGAAGGAAUAGGAUCUUUGAAUAAUAAAAUGGUUAAGAGUUUACUAGUAGAUGUUUCUUCAAAUAGAGUUGGUUCUACAAUUAUAUAUGCAGCAACAUAAAAAAAUUGAUAACACUUUAGUGGCUAAAGCUCCUAAAUGAAGACAUGUGCAUGCACAACACAUAAAUGUAUGUACUGAUAUAUGAAUAUCCUCUAGGCCUGGCUUCUUCCUACAAGAGUGCAUUUUCUGCUGGUUGAAACUACAGCCUUUAAGAUGUAUGAGACCAUUAGGAGGAAGUCAUUGAUACUUAUGAAGCUAUAGGAAAUAUAAAGUUGAUAUAAAUGGAGAUGUAGAAUUUAAUAACGUUUAUUUCAGAUAUUUAACUUUACUAAAUGAACAAAUAUAUUUAAUGGGUUCUAUUUCUAUCCCAGCUGGCAAAACUUGAGCUUUUGUUGGACAAAGCAGAAGUAGAAAGUCAUCAGUUACUAGUUCUCUAGAGAAAUACUGUGAUCUUCAGGUGGGAAAACUUCUUAUAGAUGAUAUUAAACUUAAAGAGUUUCGGAAUAAAUGGAGUGGGGGAAAUUUGGUCUUGUCAGCCAAGAAUCUUGGUUCAUUGUGUCAACCAUCAAAGAUAAUAUUGCAUACAUAAAGGAUGGCACAGCUACUGAAGAAAUAAGAGUUGCAGCUGAACUUGCCAGUGCGUUGUUUUACUGAUAUUUCCGGAGGUUCUAAGUUAUGGUCCAUGACUGUUCUUUAGAAGAUCCUUCCAUAUUGGUAAUCAUAUAAGUUGUUAACAUAUUUUGAAAUUUGCAGCUGAGUGGACACCAUGGGUGGUGAAGCACAAAACUCAUUUGUCUGGUGGACAGAAGCAAACUGUUUCCAUAGAAAGAGCAAUUUCUAAACACCCAUGGAUUUUCACUUCUAGAUGAAGCUAAAAGUGCAUUUGAUGCUGAUUUUGAGGGAAUAGCACAAGAGGCAUUGUACAUGAAGGUUUGCAAACUACUGUUUUUGUUGCUCAUCAUUUGAGCAUGAUCAAUAAUGAGUUAAUGACAAUAUGAUUGCUGUCUUUCAUAGGGGAUAGAUGUUUGAAAAAGGAAUUUUAACAGUAUGGUCAUACCAUAUUCUCUUUAAUCACAUCUAGAGUCAUUUUCAUGUGUUUGAUCCAGUAAUUUUAUUCUGUAAACUAUAGUCUAGUUCACCAAUGUGGCACUAUAUAUCAUAUGAUUUAGGUAUAUGAAUUCUGAAUUUUACAUUUUAACCAAAAGAAACCUAUAGAAUUGCAUAUAAUUAAUUCUUUGCAUUUUUUUUUAAUGAAUUAUUGGUCUAUAUCCUGGAUAUUGUAAGCAUUCCUUUUUCCUUCCAAACUUUUCUAUGAAGCUAACACAAUUGACUAAAAGCUUAUAAGACAAUUUUAAGACUUUUAGCAUUAAUUUUCACCCUUAAAUUUGUCUUAAAAUAUUUUAUUUUUUCUGAUUCAUUAUCAUAUCGCAAAUUCCAACCCUAUUGUGAGAAGCAGGAUAUACACUAUGAACUCGUCAAGGAUCCUGAUCAUGAGGCAUACAUCCAGCUUAUACAAUUGCAAGAAGUUAAGGAGUCAAAACAAGCUGCACAUUGUCGGCAGCAUCACAAAGUACUAUUAAUCUUUCUGAUAGUCAAUUCAAAAAAUGUUAGUCUUACAUCCAUAAGCCAGGGAUCAUUUGAAGCUCAAAUAGCUGCCUUGACUUAGCAAGGUGGCAAAGCAACAUCCUCAGGUGUUUCGCAAGAUGAUAAGGAAUAUACAAAGAGAGAUAUUGAGCUCCAUCAAGUAGGCUUUAAGUAUCCAUCUAGACUAGAUAUUCAGAACGUCAUGGUUGUUAGAAAAGGUGGAAAUGGAGGAUGCAUAGUGACUACAAUGUGCAAAGAUUUUUAAUCUUAAAUCAGCUCAUUUGAUGGAAUUGAAAAUCUGAAAGGUUAAAUUGAAGUGGAUUGAGUAGACUGAUUGGUCUUGUCAGUCAAGAAUCAGUUUUGUUCAAUGACUUUAUCCAUGCCAAUGCUGUAGAUGAGGAAGAAAGUGCAAUGAGGUGGAAACCAUAGCUGCAUCAAAGUUUCAUUAGAGACUUACGACAGGACUAUCAUAUCAUGGUAAUACUAUAAGGAUUCCAAUUAUCCAGCGGGCAGAAGAAACGAGUAGCCACUAGAUGUCCAAGAUACUAUUUUAAACAAGGCUACAAAUACUCUCAAAGCUGAAUCUGAACAAAUAAAUCAAGAUGCACUGAACCAAGUGAUGGUGAACCAGGCUACAACUGUCAUGACCUGUCCAUUAUCUAAAGGUGAUCAAAAUAAAAUUAUCAGAGAGAAAGGAGAGCUUGAGAUUUUGAUUGUGAAUUUGCCACCUUGACAAACUGAGAAGGGCCAGUGUUUUUUGCUGCAGAGUUGCAAAUAAUAAUAAGGUCCAGGCAUUUCACAAACAGUUAGGUCACAUGUCAAGCAGAUAUGAAGUUAAUUGCUAUCGCCUAGUGGUGCAAUCAGAUGCAGACAAAUCUGUUACUAGCUUAAUGGAAAUUCAUCUACUAUCAAUGUUCCUGCGCUUCAAUUCUGUAAGAGAGAGAAACUAUAUACCUAGUUAUUAAUCUAAAAGCUAAUGAGGAACAACCAGAAAUUAGAUCUCAGAGUCUUGCAUGUGUUCAACAAAAGAAAAACUCCUAGUACACUCUACAGAGGCACCCUCCCAUAACCAAGUGCAGAGCUAAACCUGAAACAAUGUCUCAGCCUUUCAGGGGUAACAAUAGGUGUGCCUCGUCUACAUAGCAUUGUAGUACCAUGCAGGCAGAGGAGAGAGGACAUUGAGGGAGCAAAAUGUUUUGUUCGCAUGUGACAACGGCCUUGGCCAAUAGAAUUUUACCUGAUGUGGUGUACACUAUUCGCCUUCCCUUUAUAUAAGAGGAAGGAAAACUUGUAUUAAGACAUACAUUAAGAAAAUAGUGCACAAGAAGACUGGCUUGAGCCCGUGGUUUUUCUCUCUGUGUUCCUUUUCACAGAGAGUUUUCCAUGUAAAAACUUGUUGGUUGCUCUCA